CUCAUCAGAGUGGAUUUCUGUCACUUUGGAAAUCUGGCAGACCAGCCCUCAGACAGGCUAUUUAACUAUAAAAGACAAGUGUACGUAGAUGUUUUGUCAUUUCAGAGACUGUUUGAGUGCAAACAAUGCUGCGCAAGGGUAUUACAGAGAGCUUUGGAGCUGCUAUCCAUGCCCUCAGUGCUUCUCAGCUGACAGAUGGUGUGAUUAACAGGAGCAAAAGGAUGAUGCUGGACACCCUGGGUGUUGGACUGUUAGGAACCAGGACAGCUGUCUUCAACAAAGCUCUUAAGUACAGCCAGCUGCUCACAUCUGAGCACAGGAGCAGCAUUUGGGGUAGAUCAGAGAUAUCUCUGCCUCCUUAUUACGCUGCAUUUGUCAACGGCAUCGCAGUUCACUCCAUGGACUUCGACGACACUUGGCAUCCAGCAACUCACCCCUCUGGAGCCGUUCUGCCGGCUCUGCUGGCCCUGGUGGAGACGCUGCCCAGUCGCCCUUCUGGUCUAGACCUGCUGUUGGCAUUUAAUGUUGGCAUCGAGGUGCAAGGCCGACUAAUGAGAUUCUCCAGGGAGGCCUACAACAUUCCUGAAAGGUUUCACCCUCCUAGUGUUGUAGGAGUGAUGGGAAGCGCCGCAGCCUCAGCCAAACUCCUCGGCCUGUCUCCUUCCCAGUGCAGUCAUGCGCUGGCCAUCGCAGCCUCCUCUGCCGGGGCGCCUUUAGCCAACGCUGCCACUCAAACCAAGCCUCUCCACAUAGGGAACGCAGCUCGAAGAGGCUUGGAAGCUGCCCUACUGGCACAGAUGGGACUAGAGGGAAAUCCAGCCAUACUGGACAUGGACAGUGGUUUGGGGGUUUACUACAAUGACUACAGCCCUUCUGCAAUGCCAGUAUGUGCUUCUGGUGACUUCAGGUGGAUCCUGGAAGACCAGGAUGUGGCAUUCAAGCGCAUACCUGCUCACCUGGCCAUGCAUUGGCUGGUGGAUGCAGCUCUGGAAGCCCGUGCGGAGCUCCAAGAGACAGCCUGGACCUUUGACCUCAGCCAGAUCCAACGAGUCACCCUGAGAGUGCCUCCUUCCAAGUACAUCAACUGCCCCUUACCCACCACAGAGCACCAAGCCAGGCACUCAUUUCAGUUCAACGCCUGCUCGGCCCUCCUUGACAACAAAGUGACGGUGGCUUCCUUCGACCAAGCCCGAAUUAACCGGCCCGCUCUGAAGGAGCUCCUGUCUAAAGUCGAGAUGGAGACGCCUGCAGAUAACCAGCCCAGCUUCGAUAAGAUGUACUGUGAGGUCCAGAUAGAAACAGCUCAGGGGCAAAGCUGCACAGCCAGAUGUAAUACCUUUUACGGCCACUGGAGGAAGCCACUGAGUCAGGAGGACCUGGUGGAGAAGUUCAGUGCUAAUGCGUCCUCGGUGUUGUGCACAGAGGGAGUCGAAGGAGUGAUUGAUGUGGUUGAGAACAUCGAGAAGGUGACAGAGGGCUCAGUCUUGGGCUCAUACCUGAGAAUGACCAGUAAUACACAUGAGCAGAUGUACCUCACAAGAAUACUCUGACUGUAGAGAAUUUACUAGUGUGUCACGAUCUUGUAAGAAAAUGAAAUCAAAAAUGAUGUAAAUAUUUUGAUAAUAUUUUAUUAUGGUGUGAAAUAAACUGUAAUGGAAAGA